AUGCGUGGCAUGCUGAAUUGCGGUUCAUGGCCACUUGACUUGAGUGUGCCGUCACAGCCUCAUACAGACUGUUCAGAUAUCGUCCGCCUGGCGCUCCAGUGCCUUGCAGAGCUGCUGGCAAGAAGCCGGCAAGGCUUGCGCCGAAACGAGCUGCGAGCACUGGUCUGGUUCUUCGAGUUCUCCACCAAGGCCGACCAGAGCCAGAUCGACGCUCUGCGCGCCAACGUCCACGAAGAGCUUCACGCAAUGCACCGGCGCCCCUUCAAAGCGGUGAAAGAAGGCGUUCCUGGAGGGGACCUGCCCAUCUGCGUGGGAGAUGUGCUGACCCGUGUCCAUGACUUCUGCGAUGCUUUGGAGCUGGAGUGCCCCUGGCCACGAGAUUUGGACAACCACUUGGAUGUCCUUCUUUUCGUGAACCUUCUCCAGGCUUUCGACUGCGGAAUGCAGUGGAAACCCUCGAUUCGAAGCCUCAGCGCCACCCGGGCACAUCAGAGUGCGCGGCAGCUAAUCCCGCAGCUGCCCCUGGACAAGGACACGGGGAGGCAGCGCUUCAGGAAGAUGGACCGUGCUGCCAGAGAGGACCGUGCGCGUGCAGCGGGCACAGCGCUAGAGCUUGCAUGGGCUUCGGAAGACCCCGAGGUGGAGGAGCCCGUGGAGCCACAGGAGGCGGAGUCUCAGCUACCUGGCAACGUCCGUGUGGAGGAGAAGGUAGAUGAGGGCCGCAAGCUCAGCGACGUGCGCCAGCGACGCGAUGCACGUGUGAAGUGGGAUGUGGAGGAGGAAGAGGAGGAAGAGGAGGACGAAGCCUCUGCGAGGAACGCUGGUCAGACAAAUCGAGGCUGGCAGGAGCUGCGCACAACUGCGGGCGAUGGCGGACAACUGGGUCGAGCAUCCAUGUACAUGCACCACAUCACCGCGCCAUGGAAGCAGAAGUUCAUCCUCCAGGUUGCCAAGACCGCUGGCCUCUCCGGCAGGUGUCUUUUUGGCAAACCCGGCCGCAUCCUCGUCGAAGGGCCAUUCGAGAUCGUCGCGAAAUACACGAGCCAGAUUCAGUCCUGGCCGUGGAAAAUGUGCAACUUGCAGGGUCCAUGGCAGGUGGAGGACCGCGCGUUCGAUGGCUUUGAUCAAGUCGCCAGCAGUUCGGAGUUCAAGAAGGCCGUGGCCACUGCGGGACUGAGCCAGGAACUCCUCGGACGUCGUUCUGGGACCUGA